CCCACAUGCAUGAACGCCCCGAAUUGCGGGCCGCAAUCUCACACUAUUGGAGUUUUUAAGCAACAAACAAUGGUAACCAUCCUGAGUGAAUUAGCAAACUACUGAGAAUAAUUUAUCUCGGAAUCCAAAAGCAACCAAGGUGGCAGCACUGGUCAAGUUCCUAGCAUCUGCAAAACUGUAACAAAUCCGGAGACUCAGCCCACGCAGAAAAUCAGAAACAUCACCAUGUGGCUGAAUAUAUUCGUCUGUAAUAUUGAGUGAAGGGCCGUGCAAGAGGGGCUUAUAAAGACAACCCACAUUGCUUGGUUGUCGUAGUGUGUAGAGAAGUAGCAGCAGCAGCCAUGGGUCUGGUAGCCUACCUGAAGACCCAGUUCGUUCUGCAGCUACUCCUGGGCUUUGUGUUCGUGGUGAGCGGCCUCCUCAUCAACUUCAUCCAGCUGUUGACCUGCGUCCUGUGGCCCAUUGACAAGCAGCUGUACCGCAGGAUCAACACCAGGCUCUCCUAUUCCCUCUGGAGCCAGCUGGUGAUGCUGUUAGAGUGGUGGUCAGGAACAGAAUGCACCCUCUACACAGACCAGGCCACGGUGGACAAGUUCGGCAAGGAGCACGUCAUCAUCAUCCUCAACCACAACUAUGAGAUUGACUUCCUGUGCGGCUGGACCAUCUGUGAGAGAUACCGAGUCCUAGGGAGUUCCAAAGUGCUGGCCAAACACGAGCUGCUGAAGGUGCCUCUGAUUGGCUGGACCUGGUACUUCCUGGAGAUCGUGUUCUGUAAGAGGAAGUGGGAGGAGGACAGAGAGACCGUGUUCAGAGGGCUAGAAAGACUCAAAGACUACCCUGAGUUUAUGUGGUUCCUGCUGUACUGUGAAGGCACCCGCUUCACAGAGAAGAAGCACCAGAUCAGUAUGGAGGUGGCAGAGAGUAAAGGCCUGCCCAAGCUCAAAUACCACCUGCUGCCCAGAACCAAAGGCUUCACCACCGCACUCAAAUGCCUCAAGGGCACAGUGUCUGCUGUGUAUGAUGUCACACUGAACUUCAAAGACCACCAAGUCCCCACUCUGCUGGGCAUCAUCAAUGGCAAGAAAUACAUGGCAGAUAUGAGAAUCAGGCGGUUCCCUGUAGAGGAGAUCCCAGAAGAUGAAAAGGAGUGUGCCAACUGGCUUCAUAAACUCUACCAGGAGAAGGAUGCUCUGCAGGAGCACUACCAUAAAGAGGGCACUUUCCCGGGUCCCACCAUCACCCCUCCACGUCGGUUGUGGACGCUAGUCAACUUCCUGUUCUGGGCGACCCUGCUGCUCUCGCCCCUCAUUAACUUCGCCUGCGGGGUGGUGGUCAGCGGCUCCCCCCUCCUCAUCCUUGGCUUCAGCCUCUUCCUCAUCGUAGCCUCCAUAGCCAUCCGGCGCCUGAUCGGUGUCACCGAGGUAAAGAAGACGGGCUCCAGUUACGGCGACGAGGGGGCUAAGAAACAGAACUAGACCUCUACCUCCCCCCUGACCGCGGUUCGUUGCUGUACGGUCCUCCUCCCUCUCUUCUGUUGUCCUGGAGGUGCAGUCAGCACGCCGGGGAGGGGGCCAAACCAUUACACCUAGAGAUAAAACCGAUAGAUCUGGAGGGGGCCAAACCAUUACACCUAGAGAUAAAACGGAUAGAUCUGGAGGGGGCCAAACCAUUACACCUAGAGAUAAAACAGAUAGAUCUGGAGGGGGCCAAACCAUUACACCUAGAGAUAAAACAGAUAGAUCUGGAGGGGGCCAAACCAUUACACCUAGAGAUAAAACUGAUAGAUCUGGAUGGGGCCAAACCAUUACACCUAGAGAUAAAACAGAUAGAUCUGGAGGGGGCCAAACCAUUACACCUAGAGAUAAAACUGAUAGAUCUGGAGGGGGCCAAACCAUUACACCUAGAGAUAAAA